AUGACCUCACGAACGCCAACACCUUAUUCUUCGCCGUAUAAAUCAAUGUCUUCGACAAUAUCAACCCCCCCAUUUAUCUCAGGUUCACGAUAUAGACUUCAGUCUCUUUAUUCCGACUUUUCUGAACAGAAACGUUCAAAUCCUGCUUCGUAUCAAGCUAAUGUCGAUUGGUGGCGACGAACGUUGGAAACCUACGUCUCUGAGGGCUUUCAUGGUUCAAACAGGCUGGUACUCAAAGCAGGGCAACAGCUUGUUGAUAACUUUCGAGUAGAAGGUGUAGGGAAACCUAUCUGCUUCCAUGCUGUUCUCACCGAACUUUCAUCUCCACCUCCAUCAUCUGCCACUGCAGUUCUACCCACAUUACUACCACUUACCACGUUCAUCUCACUCGCAACAUCUUUAUAUUCUUCCAAAUCCAGAUCAUACCUCACUGUGAUACCCAGUCUCUUUCUAUCUUAUGUCGUCGCAAAACCACUCUGGUGGGCAUUAGAACAGGUUGGCGUUGUCGGAGAAGACAGUCUUGCGAGCAGUGUCUCGAGCACGUUUUCGUCAUUCGGUUCUGCAACACACAAGACAAACACGCAGUGGUAUGGUGAUUACGUCUUGCUUCACCUCGUGGAGCGUGCAGGAAAUGAAAUUCUAGAGAGCCAAAGACUCAAGAACACAGGACCUUCCGAUGCACUGUAUACCUUCGAUUCAUUCAGAGCAGAGUUUGCGGAAUGCGUGAUUGGCUCUGAUUCGAAAGACAAGAUGACAAUGAGCGACCUUGAUAUGAAAGUGAUAUUGCGAUACUUGGAGCGGGACAAAGGUGUGGUCGUGGUUGAAAACGGAGUUGUCAAGUUCAUUGAGGAUGACGCUGAAGCAGAGAUAAGUGGUGUCGAUCGAGGUAUACUUGAACUCAAGACUGCAGUGGCAAAUCUGCACGCACAGAUCGAAGGAUUGCAAAAAAAGAUUGAUCUCUGUGCUCAGAAGGCUGGCGAAGCUUUGAAACUGAAACGCAAAUCAAUUGCGUUAAGUUACCUUCGCUCGAAAAAGCAGUUGGACGAGCUCCUUACAAAGCGGCUCAGUGCACUGAGUAAUUUGGAAGGGACUUUAAUUCAGGUAGAAGGUGCAGCAGGUGACAUAGAGAUAUUGAAUUCGUACAGAGCUUCCACUGCAACAUUACGGUCUAUCCUAUCACACCCAUCUCUAAACCGUGACUCUAUCGAGCAAACGAUGGAGGCGAUGGCCGAGGCUAACGCCGAUGCCAAGGAAAUAGAUGAAGCUGUCAGAAUUGGUGGUGAUGUUGCAAUUGGCGUCCCUGAUUUCGACGAUGCUGAGCUAGAAGAGGAACUUCACCGGUUGGCUAUUGAAUCUGUGGAAGAGAAGCAGGAUGAGUCAAGGGAGACGAAGUUGGGAUCUCUCCCGGCAGCUCCUUUGCAUGAUGUGUGGGAAACAAGUCGAACGAACCCCGAACGGGAAGCGGUUGCGUCUUAG